CAGCGAGUGAGUUACACGCGCGCGUAAAACCCCGCCACACACUGACUUGGUUUCCCGCCAUCGCAAUUCGGCGGCUCAGAUAUAAUAGCUACGGCUAUGUAAUCGCACCGAAACACAAACGGCUUCUCUUCUCUCUUCUUCUAAUCCGAUGGGUGAAGAUAACAAUCUCGAAGAGAACAAGCUGCCUGAGCUCAAGCUCGAUGCUAAGCAGGCUCAGGGUUUUCUCUCUUUCUUCAAGACCCUACCCCAUGACACCAGGGCUGUUCGAAUAUUUGAUAGGCGGGAUUACUUCACUUCACAUGGCGAAAAUGCAACCUUCAUAGCAAUGACCUAUUACCAUACUACUACUGCUUUGCGACAAUUGGGUAGUGGACCUGAUGGCCUUUCCAGUGUGAGUAUCAGUAAGACCAUGUUUGAAACAAUUGCCAGAGAUAUUCUGUUGGAUAGAAGAGACCACACUCUUGAGGUCUACGAGGGUAGUGGGUCCAACUGGAGACUGGUGAAAAGUGGGAGUCCAGGAAAUCUAGGCAGUUUUGAAGAUGUUUUGUUUGCCAACAAUGAAAUGCAGGAUUCCCCUGUGGUUGUUGCAAUUAUUCCAAAUUUCCGAGAAAAUGGGUGCACUAUUGGUUUAAGUUAUGUUGAUUUAACAAAAAGAACUCUUGGGUUGGCCGAAUUUGUGGAUGAUAGUCACUUUACAAAUGUGGAGUCAGCUUUGGUUGCUCUUGGUUGUAAGGAAUGCCUUUUGCCCGCAGAAAGUGGUAAAACCAGUGAGUAUAGAACAUUGCAUGAUGCUCUGACUAGAUGUGGUGUGAUGUUGACUGUGAGAAAGAAAAAUGAGUUCAAAACAAGAGAUUUGGUGCAGGAUCUCAGUAGGCUUGUCAAAGGUUCCAUUGAACCAGUUCGAGAUUUAGUUUCUGGAUUUGAAUUUGCAUCUGGUGCUCUAGGGGCAUUACUUUCAUAUGCAGAAUUACUUGCAGAUGAGAGCAAUUAUGGAAAUUAUACAAUCAGAAGGUACAAUCUUGACAGCUACAUGAGGCUGGAUUCUGCUGCUGUGAGGGCUCUUAAUGUCCUUGAGAGCAAAACUGAUGCAAACAAAAAUUUUAGUUUAUUUGGUCUUAUGAAUAGAACAUGUACAGCUGGGAUGGGAAAGAGAUUACUGCAUAUGUGGCUAAAACAGCCCUUACUUGAUGUAAAUGAAAUAAACUCUAGACUAGACUUGGUACAGACUUUUGUGGAGGAUACUGCACUUCGCCAAGACCUAAGGCAACAUCUAAAAAGGAUCUCGGAUAUUGAGCGACUGAUGCACAAUCUUGAGAAGAAAAGAGCUGGUUUGCAGCAUAUUGUAAAGCUUUAUCAGUCGAGUAUAAGACUUCCAUACAUUAGAAGUGCUCUCGAAAGGUAUGAUGGACAAUUUUCAUCCUUAAUCAAGGAAAGAUAUUUGGAUCCCCUUGAGUCAUUGACUGAUGAUGAUCACUUGAAUAAGUUCGUUGCUCUCGUUGAAGCUUCUGUUGACCUGGAUCAACUUGAGAAUGGGGAGUAUAUGAUUUCACCAAAUUAUGACCCUGCUCUAUCUGCACUGAAAGAUGAGCAAGAGUCAUUGGAGCGCCAAAUACACGAUUUGCAUAAACAAACUGCGCAUGAUCUUGAUCUUCCUCAAGAUAAAGGAUUAAAGUUAGAUAAAGGAACACAAUUUGGACAUGUCUUCAGAAUUACUAAGAAAGAAGAACCAAAAAUAAGGAAAAAGCUGACCACCCAAUUUAUUGUCCUUGAAACCCGAAAAGAUGGGGUGAAAUUCACAAACACAAAACUUAAGAAGUUAGGGGAUCAGUACCAAAAGAUAGUAGAAGAAUACAAGAAUUGCCAGAAAGAGCUGGUCAAUCGAGUUGUUGAAACUGCAGCAACUUUUUGUGAGGUGUUUGAGUCUUUAGCUGGCAUACUUUCUGAAUUGGAUGUCUUACUCAGUUUUGCUGAUUUGGCUUCUAGUUGUCCAACUCCCUACACAAGACCUGACAUCACAUCAUCAGAUGCGGGAGAUAUAAUAUUAGAAGGGAGUAGACAUCCUUGUGUGGAAGCUCAAGACUGGGUUAAUUUUAUACCAAACGAUUGCAAACUUGUCAGGGGAAAGAGUUGGUUCCAAAUAAUCACAGGGCCUAAUAUGGGUGGAAAAUCCACAUUUAUUCGGCAAGUUGGUGUGAAUAUUCUUAUGGCGCAAGUUGGUUCAUUUGUUCCUUGUGACAAGGCUACCAUUUCAGUUCGCGAUUGCAUUUUUGCUCGUGUAGGUGCUGGUGACUGCCAACUACUUGGAGUUUCUACCUUUAUGCAAGAAAUGCUUGAAACUGCUUCAAUACUGAAAGGAGCUACAGAUAAGUCAUUGAUAAUCAUUGAUGAGUUGGGCCGUGGGACAUCAACUUAUGACGGAUUUGGUUUAGCUUGGGCCAUAUGUGAACACCUUGUUCAAGUAAUUAAAGCACCUACAUUAUUUGCAACCCACUUUCAUGAACUGACUGCAUUAGCUGAUGAAAAGGCCAACUCUCAUGCAAAUGAUAUCGUUGGUGUGGCAAAUUAUCAUGUUAGUGCACACAUUGACUCGUCAAAUUGCAAGCUGACAAUGCUUUACAAGGUUGAACCAGGGGCUUGCGAUCAAAGUUUUGGUAUUCAUGUUGCAGAAUUUGCAAAUUUUCCUAAAAGUGUUGUUGCACUUGCUCGAGAAAAGGCAGCUGAGUUGGAAGAUUUCUCACCUAAUCCUAUCUUUUCAAAUGAUACUGCAGAAGAGGUGGGUUCCAAACGAAAAAGAUCCAGUGACCUUGAUGAUAUGUCUAGAGGUGCAGCUCAUGCUCACCGGUUUCUGAAAGCAUUUUCUGAUUUGCCAUUAGAGACUAUGGAUUUGAAGGAGGCUUUGCACCAAGUGGGCAAGCUGAAGGAUGACUUGGAGAAGGAUGCAGCAAAUUGCCACUGGCUCAAGCAAUUUUUCUAGUCGCCCUUGCAGCAGCAUGAUUAGCAGUAGCAGCUUAUUGGAUGGUUUUAUCAAGGUAAUGCUCCAUUUCAAAUGCAGAAGGCAGAAGCAUGCAACAGCCAUGGCUUCAGCUGAGUAGGACAUUUUCAGGCUGUCUUUUUUCCUUUUCUGCCAUUCGAUCUUCAUUUUAAGAGGUGUGGUAGAUGGGCCUAUCUCUCUUGUAAUUUUGUUCACUAGUUUCCCUUUUGGGGAAGCACACCGUAUAUAUAAAUUAUCAACACUUUUUAUGCUUAA